AUGUCGGUCGACAAGUCUCGCAUGCGGUGGGGCAUCCCCCUGAAGACAAAUGAUGAAGUGCCUGACGCGCUCGAGACCCUUAUUAAAGAAGUCGCCGACCCCGAGGGCAUCUGCAUCGGGAAAAUCCAUUGCGAUGGCGCAGCCUACUUCAAGGGUAGAUUCUUAGCAAUGUGUCGUUCCUUCGGGAUUGCUGUGGAGACAAGCCCCCCAUACGUCCCUCAAGGGAAUGCCAUCGCCGAACGCGGUUUCAGGACCGUCAUCGGUGCAGCGCGUAGCCUCAUGCUUGGAGCUCCGCACCUGCCGCGUCAACUGUGGACCGAAGCCGUGAAGGCCGCCAUUUACAUCAAGCACCGCACACCUACCGACGUCCUGGACGGCAAAACACCACUUGAGUUAUCUGCCAGGGUGAAGAAGUACAUGGUGGGAUACAAUACCACCAGCAAGACGUGGCGGUUAUGGGACCCGGCGGAACCACUCAAAAUUACAAACUCUGCUGAAGUGUCAUUCCGCGAGGUAGAUGCCCGCGACGUCGCUCGCCCCGUGCACGGGUCUGACCCAUUUCCCGAACAAGGCCAGAUUUUCCAGCCCGGCAUCAUCACUGGGGCCGAGACAAAAGACGACGAACCAGAACCGGCAGAAACGAACGACGGACCGGACGAAGAAUCACCCGCGGUGUGCAAAAGCGGUCGCACGGCAAAGCCGCGAGACCGUCUGAACCUGUUUACGACGGAACAGGUGUUCGAAACAGAAUACGCGUUGGUGAUCGGAGGUGAGAUCGGGAACCUUGGUCAAGGGAUACCUGGCCAACAAGGAUACAUGCCCGCCGAUCCAUCGAACUACCGAGCGGCGGUCAACGGACCAGAUGCUGUUGGGUGGAUGAAUAGCAUGGAGGUGGAGAAUCGCUCCCUACUAUACCACGACGUUUAUGAGUGGGUCGAUCCCCCGCGCGAUGCUCAAAUCAUCCCGUCAAAAUACAUGUACAAAUGGAAGUACAACGAGGCCGGCAUCGCUGUGCGACAGAAAUCGAGAAUCGUAGUGCAAGGAUUUCACGAAGCUGAGACCGGAACCGACAAUGCUGCACCGGUAGCGUCUCUCCAAGCCGUCCAUCUGAUAGUUGCGCAUGCUGCCAAGAAUAGACUUGUUCUUCGCCAAGCCGACAUCAGGACAGCGUUCCUCCACGCGAGGAUGGAACCAAGAUCGAAAGCAGUGUGCACAAGGCCCGACAUUACUCACUCCGUGAUGGUUCUGACGCGGAGUAUGGAAAAACCAGGUCCGAGGGUGAUGCAGAAACUUAAACGCGUACUCAGGUACCUGAAAGGGACGAUAUCAAUCGGUGUACGCUACGGCGAGGAUGCCGACGAUGGAAACGUCAUUACGGCGUUUGUCGACUCAGAUUUUGCAGGCGACCUGGACAAGGGCUACCCCACCACGGGAGUCGUGCUGUACUUCGCUGGUGGACCGGUGGAAUGGACGUCAUCCAAGCAGACGGUGGUGGUGACCUCUUCAGUCGAAGCAGAGUUCGUGGCUUUGUCAAAGGGGUGCAACAAUAUCAAGUUCUUCCGCCACCUGCUGGACACCAUAAAUCAGACGCAGGAAGAAGCAACCGUGGUGUGGGAGGAAGACUCCGAAGCAGCUUCCGUAUCACCCCAAGGACUAAGCACAUUGACGUAA